CUUACUGAGCCGAGUAUUCACUCCAGAUCUUGGGGAUUUUUGAGUCUCUCACUGCGGAAUGUCUUCUCUAGCCUACUUUUAAAGUGAGUGUAAGCUUUGACUCAGUAAAUCACCACUUACUCAGUCGAACAGAUUGCCUCUAAGACAGUCCGGUUCUCUGGAUGGGGAAACGUUGCUGCAAAAUGAGGGUGCUGUGUUUGAACUUUGCCAUCACCUGUCUGUGGCUUCUCCCUGUAGCGGUCCAGGAAACAGCCAAUCCCUUGAACUUUCAGAGCCAACAUUGGAGAGAGGAGGAAGGAGGAAGAGUGCACACAGUGGGAGCUGCUUUGAAGGUUAAACAUAUCUCCAAAGACUUACAGAUCAUCUCCACCAAACACAAAACACCAGCUUACGGCUCUCUCGGCCCAUACGGAUGGCCGCAGAAUGUCUCUCAAGCCCUGGAUCAGUAUCUGUACCGACCUCUUCCCAAAUCCAAACCUCCCGCAAAAAUAUCCCCAAAGGCCAAGAAGAUCCUGGGCUGGGGCAAUUUUUACUUUAACGUGAAAACAGUGAAGUUCAGCCUCCUAGUGACGGGGAAAAUCGUGGACCACAUCAACGGCACAUUCAGUGUCUACUUCCGCCACAACUCGUCCCGUCUGGGAAACAUAUCCGUCAGCAUCGUCCCUCCUUCCAAAGCUGUAGGAUGGGAGGUUUUUGAUCCGGCGGCUCACACCAAAAACUCAGUCCUGGUUCCGGAUCUGACUUCCCAAUUCCAAAGCCCACCUCAGUCCACCAGCUCUACUCCUCCAGACCAGCAGAAGCAGCAGCAGCAGGACACAAUGAUGGUGACCGAACUCAACUGCCGGAUUGAAUACCAGAGAACCAACCGGUCCAAGAAGACCAAGCCUUGCAUGUACGACCCGGGGCAGACCUGCUACUCUGAAAACACCCAGUCCCAGGCAGCCUGGAUCUGUGCCAAACCCUUUAAGGUUAUAUGCAUCUUCAUUGCCUUCACUGGUACCGAUUACAGGCUGGUGCAGAAAAUCUGUCCAGACCACAACUAUCAGACAGAGCAGAACCAGCAGCACUUCGGAUGACUCAGAUUCUGAGAUGCUGAAACACGGACUUUACAUACAUCCUUCAAAAUCAUAUGUUCAGUUUUCAAACUAGUUUCAAACUGUUUUAUAUGCCAUUAAAAACAUGUUUUCCACAUGUCAGUGAGUGCAGUUUGAGCCAAAACUUGUGUUAAUAUCAGCAUUGACUGUUAGCGAUGACAUUUAUAACGUGUGCUUUGUUUUGUCUGAAACUAAACUCAUCUGCCAAAAGCUCCACAUUGUUUUUAAAAGAAAGCAGUGACUUAAUUCAUGAGAUCACUUUGUGUGUUGUGUUUUAUGAAUUUUGUUUUCUGAAUAUGAAAAAUUUGUUUUUUUGCCUCAAUAAUAAUAAU